AAAAAAACAGAGGAUCAAUGUUGAUAAAAAGAAUAGAGCUCUGUAUAGAGAUAGUGAAGACAACAAUGGAUUUUGUGGUGGUGGUGGCUGAGGCCGCGAAAGUCUUCUUGAGGCACGCUCCUCAGGCUCCUCCCGCUCUCCUCCGCCAAGGCCCCUACUAUUACUCCGCCUCGAUCUCUCGACCUUCCCCCUACAUGAUUGGCUAUCUUCCAUGAGAUCGUGAUUCUUUACAAUAUUUCUGUAAAUUAAUUACUUGGUUUAUGAAAAUUAAUGUAAAUUAUGUACUUUUUUUGUUUCUUUCAACAACAUGUAUUAUAUGGAUUUAAACCUGGUCAGGGAUGUUGCACCAGCUAUAACACAAACUACAAACAAGCUAUAUAUCCAAGUUAUCUUGUAAAUAAAUAUAUAUUUUUUUGUAAAAGUAGUUAUCUUGUAAAUUGCUAAGUUUAAU